GCCACGCGCGAGGCCGCUGCUGUCGUCCGGCGCGCUCCCUGUCCCGAGAGUCCUCGUCCUCUUCCUUGCCCGCUCCCCCCCGCGUCCCGUCCUGUCCGGCUCCGCAGCUUGCACUCCCCGUGCGUCCAGCUCUAGAGGCCCUUUGAGCUCCGCACGGGGCCGUAGCCAGGCUCAGGGCUCCCGGUGCGGCCUUAGGACGGGAUGCAGGCAGGCUCGGGCAGCACGUCCGCGGGCCCCGCGCGCCAGGGGCCAUCCUGGAUCUGUGAGCAUGAGGAAUAAAGCCCUAGUGAAGAGAUGAAUUGGUGAAACCAGGAUGAAGCUGCUACCAGGAGUUGGAGUCUUUGGGACUGGCAGCUCUGCUCGAGUUCUGGUACCAUUGCUGAGAGCUGAAGGCUUCACCAUUGAGGCGCUGUGGGGCAAGACUGAAGAAGAGGCAAAGCAGCUUGCUGAAGAGAUGAGCAUUUCCUUCUACACCAGCCGGACAGAUGAUGUCUUGCUACACCAGGAUGUGGAUCUGGUUUGCAUCAACAUACCUCCUCCACUCACUCGGCAAAUAGCUGUGAAAGCUUUAGGUAUUGGGAAGAAUGUGAUCUGUGAAAAAGCAGCAACAUCUGUGGAUGCUUUCAGGAUGGUGACAGCUGCACGCUACUACCCCAAACUCAUGAGUCUUGUAGGGAAUGUCCUUCGAUUCCUGCCUGCCUUUAUUCGGAUGAAGCAGUUAAUUGAAGAACAUUACAUUGGCAAUGUGAUGAUCUGUGAUGUGCGUGUGUACUGGGGCAGCCUUCUUAGCCACAAGUACAACUGGAUCUGUGAUGAGCUCAUGGGGGGAGGAGGUCUACACACAAUGGGCACCUAUAUUGUUGACCUCUUAACUCACCUCACUGGUAGGAAGGCUGAGAAAGUCCAUGGUUUUCUGAAGACAUUUGUGAAACAGAAUGCCCAGAUCAAUGGAAUCAGGCAUGUCACCAGUGAUGACUUCUGCUUUUUCCAGAUGCUUAUGAAUGGGGGUGUUUGUAGCACUGUGACUCUCAACUUCAACAUGCCAGGUUCCUUUGUGCAUGAAGUCAUGAUUGUGGGCUCUGCUGGUCGCCUCAUAGCCAGAGGAUCUGACCUCUAUGGGCAGAAGAGCACUUCGCUACAGGAGGAACAGCUGCUGACAGACUCUUUGACAGUCAAUGCAGGACUUCUAGAAAAAGGAUUUAAGGACAUUCCAUUGCUGUAUCUGAAAGGGAUGGUGUACAUGGUGCAGGCUCUGCGCCAGUCAUUUCAGGAGCAAGAUGACCGGCGCACCUGGGAUUACAAACCAGUCUCCAUGGCAGCCUCAUUUGAAGAUGGACUUUACAUGCAGAGUGUAGUUGAUGCCAUAAAGAAAUCCAGCAGGUCUGGAGAGUGGGAACCAGUUGAAGUCAUGACUGAGGAGCCAGACGCCAAUCAGAACCUUUGUGAGGCACUUCAGAGAAAUAACAUAUGAGCCGGCUGUAGGCCAUUUGGGAUGAUGAUGUGGGCUAGGGGACACCCUGGGCUGGGGCCUCUUUAUAGAAGAUGUGUGGGUUUGUAUGUAAUAAGUCAGGUUAUUGGUCUGGGUGAAAACUGGUGACUGUCAGCAAAAGACAUGGGGAAUUUCUCCUCAGACUCAAUGGGAAAUGUAGGGUUUCUAUUGCUGUUGGGGCAGAUUGUUAGUAAAACUUGAAUUUCCCUUUGCACUUCCAGAAAAAGGAUGGAGCUGGCACCCAUGAAAUCAUGGGUGCAAGAAGAAUUCAAGUCGACUUGUUCACGCCAUUUUAAUAGGAUGGGAAAGCAUGCAUUGAGGAACCAGACCUGCUGCUCCAGCCUCAUGGAUUACUAGGAAAUUACUCUAGGCAUCCAGACCUGGAUAGAACUGAAAACAAGGUCCCUCUCCCUAGCCCCCUUCUGGGAAACCUCCAUCAGGGCAUCAGGGCUCAUCUCUGGCACCUCUGUCCUGAGCUCCCUCUUCAUAGAAGAACAGGAUGCAGAGAAAGCAUUUUAUCCUUUCUGUUGAUUUAUAGGCUCAGGUCUUCUAACAGUGGAGGAUAAGAUAGGAAGUAUGGGACCACCUUCCCACAUACUGCCCAGAGUCUAAAUGGUAGAAGAGAAGGGUAAAGUCUCGGUUCUUUAUAAGUUUAGCCUUUUUGGAGGUGACAGUUCUAAAGCAAAUGUUUGGUGAGUAUUUUAACCAUGAAAACAAGAGAAGAGGAUUAAAACACCUGAGAAAUUUUUUAAUAAAUUAAUCAGAUUUGAUAUUCUGAAUUGUUUGUGGUGUGGGAGAAAUUUUGUGGAAAUUUUAAAAGACUUUAAAGGAGUUUGAAGUUUUGAUUUCUUUGUGGGCUCUGCAGUGACUGGUCCCCAGUGAAUUCCACAAGACCAUAGAGCUAACUGAUUUUUGGGAAAACUAAUCAUUUUUUGGAUAAUUUAUCCAUAUUGAUGUAUAUCCAGGCUUCUUUCCCUGCUAGCUUCCCUUCCAGCCUCUUGCCAGCUGCUCCCCACCAUAGGUCUCAUCUUUGAUAUUCCCUGAAGGGGCUGGCUUCUCUCAGGGAAAAAUGAACAAAAACAUACAGAAUUCUACAUGGUGCUUAUGGCUUCCUGAGUCAUGUGUAGUUUCAAGAAGACCAGAUGUGAGGCUUCUCCAGAAAUUCAAGACUGAUGAGUCAAAGGAGAAAUGAUGAGCACUACAGAAAUGCACAUGUAGCCCCUGGGAUAAAGAAGGGACAAGAGCAGAAGAGAGGUGGCAUCUGGGGAAGCUCCCAAGGGCUUAGGACAGGUGAUCCAGCAGGCUUCCCCGCCUGGGGCAAGUGUUUAGGGACUGAUUUUGCCUGUAAUACACAGGAGGUAACUACACUUUGAUUAAAGAUGUUUUGGGUAUGUAGGGGUGCUUUAGUGUCUGUUCAUGCCAGCCUUCCA